UACGGAUUGGUGGAGGUGGUGGCUGUGGAAGAAGAAGAAGAAGAAGAAGAAGAAGAAGAAGAAGAAGAAGAAGAAGAAGAGAUAAUAGAACGGUAGAGAUGUGUUUAGUGAAGAAGUGGCAGAACCAGGUGGAGGAAAGAACAUUCUGCGAAGAGGUAGCGAGCACUGUGUGUAGCAAGACAGAUUAAGUCUAUAUGAAAACCGGACGAAAGGAAAGAAGAAUCUAUGAAGGAGGGAGGAGAUGGUGGGUUGAGGCGAGAGAUAGUUGCAUGUAGGAAAUGGCAUCAUUCUCCAGUGAGUAGUAUCUCGACUGAAUGAUGCUUAAUUUAAAGAGUAAUUACAAUACGGAGUUAGAUUAGCACCGGUAAACGCAAUACCAGCUGCGAAGACGUCACGACUUUCACAAGAGAAUUAGUUUCUUGUGCCUUAUGUGAUGGACCUCUAUUUAUACGGAAUUUUUGUUUUAAAUCUUCAUCACUCGAGCCGGUUCUGGCAACAUAAUCCCCCUUUAAAGUUGCUUUAAGGAGCAACAUUUUCAAUUUGUUGUCAAAAUGUUUCGAGCCUGUUGCCGUCUGCGCUAUUAUUUGCGCCUCAGGUGCACAACAUGUAAUAUCAUUAUCCUUCUCGUUUUACUCUCUGGUUCGCAAGUAUGGAUUUGGUGUAGACGGCAACAGGUAAAUCCAGAAACAAUAGACACAGAUGAGUUCCCUAUGGAUCACGUAAAACAUGGACGGGAAAGAAUGGCCGAACAUAUUGCUGGUUUGUCCGCUUAUUCCUACCAAAUGCGUCCGGUAAACUGUGGUCAAGUUUUUAAAGGUGAUAAAGAGGAAAUAAAACGAUCAUCAAAGAUUGGAACUAAUUCGAAAUAUUACCGUAAAUAUUUCUUACAAGAAUUUAAAAGUUGCAAAGUUAUCCGUGAGUCAUCUAAAUACAUUUUUAAUGUUUCUGAAGAGGAGAAACAGUUUCCGAUUGCUUUCAGUAUUCUUUUAUAUAAAGAUUUUUUCCAAGUGGAGCGUUUAUUACGAGCUAUAUAUCGACCAAGUAAUAUAUAUUGCCUUCACAUCGAUGCCAAGUCAUCAAAGAGUCUUCAUGACAAUAUCAGGCGUUUAGCAGCUUGUUUUGACAAUGUCUUCAUUGCUUCAAAACUUGAAGAUGUUAUAUAUUCUGGUUUUUCUCGUCUACAGGCAGAUUUAAAUUGUAUGUCGGAUCUCCUAAAAACUAACAUUAGCUGGAAAUACUUCAUCAACCUUCCUGGUCAAACAUAUCCCUUGAGAACAAAUCUGGAGCUAGUGAAGAUUCUAAAAAUCUACAAUGGUUCAAAUGAUAUUGAAGGCAUAACUGGGGCACGUAUGUUGACUGGCCGUUUCAAAUAUGUUUAUAAAAUUGUUGAUGUUAAAGGAAAAAAGACAUUAGAAAAUACAUACAAGAAAAAACUUCCACCGCCCCAUAAUAUAAGUAUAGUAAAAGGAAGUGCUUACGGUGUUUUUUCUAGAAAUUUCGUGAAAUUUGUAAUAACAGACCAUCGAGUACAAGACUUUGUGAAAUGGCUUGAAGAUAUUAACAGCCCAGAUGAAUACAUUUGGGCAACAUUACAUCAUACUAAGUUAAAUCAACAUUUAAACACACCUGGUGGCUACAAAGGAGAUCCUGAUAAAAAGCCAUGGUUGGCAACUUAUGCCAUUUGGAAAGGACUAGCACCUUGUUCUGGAAUCUGGGUUCGGAGCAUCUGCGUUUUUGGAGUUGGUGAUAUCCCUCAUCUUAUACAGAAGAAACAACUGUUUGUGAACAAAUUUUAUUUCAAUUUGCAGCCAGUUGCAUUAAACUGUAUGGAGGAAUGGUAUUUUCACAGAGUAAGAUCUCCACUUAAAUUAGAUCUGGAAUAUUAUAGAAAACUGCCCUUUGUCAACUCUUGAAGACAUCUAACUGCCAAGGUGAGCGGUGUGUAAGUGUGUAUGCACGUGUAUGUGUGUGUGUGAGAGAGGGGGGGGGAGUGUGUUGAGAGAGGGAGUGUUGGAGAAAGAGAAGGGGGAGUAUGAAAAUUGAUCAGAAGAUAAUGAAAGAGAAGACAAAAAUGAAUAAGUGAAAUCAGUGAAUGAGAAAAUAGAGGUGACAUUUAAUCAUUAUUGGCUGACCGUCAAUCAAGAUGGCAUCUAAUUGCACUAAAACUAAACAAUGCUCUUUCAGCAACAAAUUUACUAAACAUAAAUGAACUUUAGUUUUUGAUUCAUUGACAUAGAAUUCACUGGAUUGAAAUUUCAUUGUAAUCACUUCAUAGAAACCCGUUGUUUCUCUUCAUGCCGGUUUUUAGGUAGAUUUAAUUUAAGAUGCUAAUUUAAAAAUUAAUAUAGACUUGAUGUUAAUUAAAGACACUUUUCUAGUUAUUGAACCUGUCAUACUAAAUUAAACAAAGGGACUAGAUUAUUGAUAUUUAUUUUAUUAAUCUAAGAGAAAGUCUUAGAAUAGACAUUAAAGUAGUUUUCCACUAUUCUUUAUCAAAAAGACAAUGAAAAGCAUUAGAACUGUUUAGACUUCCACCCAGAGUAUUUCUUUGUUAUAAAAACCUCACUUUCAGAGUAUUUUAAUCAAUGCAAAUUAUAAAAAUAAAUGAACAAAAUUUCUUUUAUACAUCACCUUCUCAAUUAAUAUCUAAGACAAUCUAAUUAAUAUAUUAACAAAGUAAUGUGAAAUAUUAAGUUUUAAUCACUAUCACUAGUAAAAUAAUUCAGAAAUUAUUCACUUACUGAAUGAAAAUUAAUCCAGAGAUAGUGAAAAAAAAAAAAAAAAAAGAACUUACAGAUUCAGAUGUGCUUACCUUUUUUAAACAGUCACCAAAAGCUAUCAUUUUAUGAUGUAGCAUUUAAUUAUUCUUUUCUUCUCUUAGAAGAUCAACAAGGUAAUAUUACUUGCUGUAUUACAUAUCUUUGUGUAGCGAGAACAUAAUACAUAGUUUUCAACUCUUUAUUAUUUUACAAUUUGGUUAUGGUUGCACGGGAACAACGAGAAAUGAAUAUUUUCGUAAUAAUAAAAUAAAUAAUAAUAUUUCUUUGUUGAUAUUUCUAGCUGAUAUGAACCAUGACAGACUGAAGUGCAAUCUUCCUUAUCUUUUAUGCUGUGGUAUAGUUUCAUAGUCCACAACAAAUCUAUAAUUAUGAAACUAUACUAGUGGACAAUUUUCAUCUUCCAAAUUCAUUUUAGAUUUAUUUCAAAACACAAAUUAAAUGAAGUAUUUUGCUGGGGAAACAAUUUUUUCAUUACCUGAAGAAUUCUAGCCAAGAUUUGUUUGGCCAGCUUACCCUUGUUAUCAUUACGUUUGCAUAAAAGUUUACUGUGUGAAUAAAAUUCCAUCGACUGGAAAAAUCCAUUACUCAAUGCUGAAGUAGUACUUCUGCAAAACCAUUUAUGAAUUAUUUCAUUGUUUAUUCAGCUCCUAUAGUUUAUAACUUUCAGCAACACUUUUCUUAUACCCCCCCCCAUCCCCACCCUCGUUGCUGUUGGUUUUUAAUUACAAAAUUGCGAUAAGAUGUCCUUCCUAUAACCCGUUGGCUUGAUAAUUACACUUAACUCGUAUCUAUUGGUGUUAAUCUUCACCAAUCAAAGAAACAUCACUCAUGCUAAAGUUGAAACUGUUAAUGUUCUCUUUUCAAGAAACAACAUAGAAAUUAGUUUCCAUUUUAAAACCAUUUUGGCAACCAUUCACCCGUCACAUCAAAACCAGCAGUUGAUGUUUGGCAAUGCAUGUAGUAAACAUGCUCAAAUGAAUUCUUCUGUGAAAUCAUUUCAAUCUGAUUAGGAAACAAAUGAUUUAUCUUUCAAAUAAAAUUCCUAACUGCUAAAUAACUUAGCAGUACUAAGACAUUAAGUGUUACACAAUUAAGGCAACAUAUGCUUAAAACAAAUUCUUAAAAGAAAUUUUCAAAGAAAUAAUACUAAGCUAAUGCACCCAUUGUGCUUCAUAUUGACAAUGUUUAGAUAGAGGAUAUCAUGCAUACAAACCUCAUGGCCAUGCUAUCAGACCUAUGGCUAAGUGACUGUAUUGGUCUUUUUUUUAUAUCAGAAAAUCUGGUGAUUGCCAAUGCAGCAUUUAUUAACACAAUUCUUCACAUUAGCUUUAUGGAUUAAAAAAAAAACCAAAAACACUACUUUCACACAAUUUUACACUUGUACACACACUCACACUUACACACACACACACACACAUUAACAAUGGCAUGAUUGUGCAUAAUCAUGUCGAACAGUAAAAGGAAAAUUAUACAAAACACAAUAAAAUACAAUAUUGGAGUAUUCACUCCAAUAAACCAAUGCCAUCCUGUAACACACCAAGUUUUCUUAAUUCUGUAAUAUUAUUCUGAAUGAACUGAAUGAUCAUUCAGCUGCAAAAUAUUUGGUUAAAAUACCAAAGGUAAAAGGAAAAGCAACUAUUUAUGAAAUUCCAUUUUUUGUUAUGGCAUUAGCUCUGGUUUUCUUUAUAAUUUUGAUUUUUAAUUCUGACUAGUACAUCCUUUUUUACUUACUCUAUCCGAUAAAUGGUUUUUCAAUUCAAAUGUAGAAUGUUUUUGACAAUAAUUUAACUGAUCUGAUCCUUAGUUAAUUUAUUUUGGUUGACCACUAAACUCUAGGCUAAUUUGGUCAGUUAAAUAAUGUAUAAUUAGUUAAUCACCAAGUCAAAUGGUGAAACUGUUCAACAUCUCUUAGAAGAUUUUCAAGGUCAUAUGCUUAUUCUAACACAAAAGUAAAACUCUAAAAAAAAAACGUCACUUUUCUGAUGAAAUAAAAUUUUAUAAACUUAUACUGCCAGACUAACCGAUCCCUUCACAAAUUCUAUCUUCAUAACAUUUAAGUCAAAAUCAUUACCAUAUCUGCCAGGUUGACCAGAACAACCAAGUUACUGUUUUUGUUGUUUUUUUUUUAAACCAAAUUCCAAUAUGAAUUGUGAAUUACUUUACUACGUCCUCUACAAUAAUACAAUGCUGAUUUUCCUCCUCAGGGCUUUUCCAUUUCUAAUAAUAUUUACAACCUAACCCCUUAAAUAUCAAGAAAUGGCUAUACACUUCCUAUUUCUCUUAGCUGGGAUGGAACUUAACACACUUUCAGGCUACAUAGGAAGCCUCAGUUGUUUCUCCCAUUUGUAAUUAACAAUAUCAAGGACUAAUAUGCAGAUUAAAAGUAUAAAAAAAAAAAAAUGAAAAAUAUCCCUAUACACAUACCCAUGCAUCUACACCUACUUAUACAUAUAUACUUCCAUACAUACAACCUUCAUACAUACAUAUAUGCACAUACAUACACAUUUAUGCAUAUAUACAUGCAUGUAUUUAUAUAUAUAUAUAUAUAUAUCGAGGUGCUUUCUAACUUGAUAAUUGUUUCAUACAAGGUAUACUUUAUCUUUUGCUUAUAUUAUUCCAACUUGUCUUUUGCUUACAUUUGUGCCAAAUGUGGUCCAGCCAGGAGGAUAGAUUUUUCUUCUAUUCUGAACACAGACAAAAAAAAGAAAAAUGUAAAUGACAAUUAGAUCACAGUUUAUUGUGAUCAAGCUUUCUUGCAAUCGAGCAGAUCUGUAAUUUCCUUUCUGUUCAUGUAUUUUCACUUAGAAAAUUACUAUUUUAAAUCUCAACUUAGUUCUGUGAAUAGCAUAGAGUAUUUGAGUCUUCAAUUUGUUGACUAAAAACAUGAAAAUGUCUUCAACUUUUCAGCUAUAAUACUAGAUAAUAGUUUUCACCUUAAUUACAAAAAUAAAAACCCUUGAUAGGGCUCAUAUACUGCUGUUAAAGAUUUGUUGAACAUCUGAAAGGGUAUUUACAUCUAGAUGUUGUAUAGGGUCAGUUAACUCUAAAUGUUUUAAGGUUAAGAAAAAUUACACUUGAGAUGUCUCCUACAUGUUCUCAACUUUAACCAAUUCAUUAGAACCAGUGAGUCCAUUCUAGAAUUUGAAAUUUUGGUGUAAAGUUGUACUGGCAAGAUAAAGUUUAGAGCUAGGGCAAGAGUUUUUUUUGUAUUUUUUUUUGUAAAGAUAAAUACUUUGAUAACAUAAGAUAACUGGAUACUAAGCCAAAUAUGCCCUGAUUCCAAAUUUAAAAUUGUUCACUGGGCAGAAUAAGAAAAUAGGAACAAAAUUCGGUUUCUAUUCUCAGUAUCCUAUUCUGCCAAUUGUUGAGAUUGUACUAAAAUUUUAGCUGCAAGCAAUUGUUUAGACAGUAUUUCUUUUUUUUUUUUUUUUUUUUUUUUUUUGUAAGGUAAAUAGCAAUGAAGUUAGAGAAAAACUGACAAAUUCAUCUUCUGUUGAUAUAUAAAAUCCACAAGCCCUUAACAAUAACUGUACAAUUAUCGUUUUCUUAUCCUUUCUUUCUGAAUGGAAGUUUAUUGAUAUGUAAAUAUAAAAAUUUAUUUGUAUAAAAAUGUAUGUGGAGAGAGAAAUUAUUGUGUUAUGAAUAUACACACAUACAUACAUACAUACCCAGUUGUUGAUGUUGAAAUUCCAAUGAAAGAGCCUUGGAUCUAGGUUAGAAACCAGCUCUUUUUCUAUUGGCAAGAAAUCUUGAAAUAAAACUGAAUAAAGACAUACAUACAUGCAUAUAUCUAUGAUUAUAUAGUACGCAUACACACAUUCACACAGAGAUAUAUAUUCUAGUAUAUAUGUGUAUAUGUAUAUUUAUAUGUGUGUGUAUGUAUGUAUGUAUAUAUACAUAUUUAUAUAUGUAUGUAUGUAUGUGUAUAUAAGAAGUAUAUGUCUAAUUGAUAUACUUGUGAUCAUAUGUAUACGCAUGAUAAAAGAAAUUAUUUAUACUUUGAAAGUAAAAUUCAACGAGUGGCUGUGUGGUAAGUAGCUUGCUUACCAACCACAUGGUUCCAGGUUCAUUCCCACUGCGUGGCACCCUGGGUAAGUGUCUUCUACUAUAGCCUCGGGCCGACCAAAGCCUUGUGAGUGGAUUUGGUAGACGGAAACUGAAAGAAGCUUGUCGUAUAUAUGUAUAUAUAUAUAUGUAUGUGUAUUUGUGUGUCUGUGUUUGUCCCCCCAACAUCGCUUGACAACCGAUGCUGGUGUGUUUAGGUUCCCGUAACUUAGCGGUUCGGCAAAAAGAGACCGAUAGAAUAAGUACUAGGCAUCCAAAGAAUAAGUCCUGGGGUCGAUUUGCUCGACUAAAGGUGGUGCUCCAGCAUGGCCGCAGUCAAAUGACUGAAACAAGUAAAGAGAGACUAAAAAACUUUCCUUCAGUCACUCACCAAAGAAGUGAAAGUGUUCAAAUAAUCACCUGUAAGUCAUCGCUUCUUUGACAUUCAGCAGUUUGUCAUCAUGUUGCAGAAGAUUUCUGAUUUCAGAGGGAUGCAAAAAUUGAACACAAGAAUACGGUAACAUAGAUCUAAAACUAAUUAAUUACAAACUGUAUAAAGUAUUAAUGUGGAUUUCUUUUAGCUUGGUAUACAAGAAUUUUGCUAUAUUAUUUCAUAAUCUUGAUCUGUGUUAAGUAAAAUAUAUCUUUAACAUUAAGUAGAAUAACUUUUAAAGUCUUUUAAUAUAGUUUCUUUUUGUUUUUAGGAUGCUAGUAACUUCAAAUCAAUAAAAAAAAUAGGCCUGAGAAUUGCAUAUGAACAUAUAUAAUUACUUUUAUAAAUCUGAGACCUUGUGCCUAUGUGAGAAAUGAGUUGUCAUGCAUUGAAUGUGUUUUAAUGUUGUUUAUGUGAUGCUUACCUCUUUGUUUACUACUUUUAUAAUUUUGGUGCUUUUGUUGAUUUUUGUCCCGCUUGUAGUCAUGAAAUGGUUGGGACAGACUAACUUCAACUGACAACACCAGACUUAGAUCUCUUUUAUCUAUUCUUCUUGAUAGGAAUGUCUAUGUGAUAAAUCUAAAAUCUACAUUAUUUUAUCAUUAACUCUUGAAAAAUAACAUACUCUCCGGACUAAUUCUAACUUGGAUGAAACUUCAAACUAACCCAAAUGAAUCCAGAUGUACAAAACAUCUUUAGAAAAAAUAUAUUUCAAAGGAGUCUUUACGAGAUGUCCUUACUGCCUCCUUCAGUUUGCAAUAACAAACAAUGAGAUAUUAGACUAACAUUUUUGUGUAGUUGUUAUGUGCUUGCUGCUGCCAUCUCAAAAAAUCAGCUUACCAUUCAUCUCAUAGGAUGGACAGCAAGUUUAAUAAACAUCGUUUUUGCUUUUGAAAAUUCUCUAAUAUUAAACACACUAUUAGUUAUUAAGAAAAAAAAUAUUAACUUUUUGAGCAGUUUUUAAAGUUACGUUCAGACUAUGAAAGAGAGUUACAGUCACUUUGUAUUACUGCAAAACUUUAAUCUAAUUGGCAUCGAAUAUUUGCAGCAUAAUAACAAACUAGGGAAAGCAAGAAAACAUUGAAAGAGUCUUUUUUCCAAAAAGAUAAUGUCAUACUGUUCUACUGUUAUACAUUAUAUCUUUUAGCAUUUUCUCUAUCACUGUGUGAGCAUAUGCAUGACCGUGUCAAUAAAAUCCUGAACAAUCUACUAAAAGGUCAUUGGUUCAUAUACUUGAACUAACAUGACAUUGUGACUGUGGUCAAGGUACUUUACUCUUUUGGGCCAACUCCAUGUAAUUCUAAUUAGGUACACUACAUACAAGAGAAUUUAUUGUUGUAAGAAGUGGAAGCAAUGCAUAUUUGAUGUGUAUAUACUGCAUUUGUUUCAGCAGGAAAAACAUCCUGUCCAGCAUUAGCUAAUCCCACAUUACUUGAAUGAUAAAUUGAUUUUUCUUAGUUUUUGAAGAGGCAGUAAUUGGUACCAUUUUUUUUUCUACUUCACGUGACAGUCAGAUACUCACACUGCUGCUAAUUGAGUUACACUUUAAAUUGAUGCCUGGAAAAUGAUGCUGUUCCUCUUUGCAGCCAUCAGUCUUCAAGUCAAAUUCAGUCAAAGACAACUUAAGCAAACUGGAUUUUCCUGUUUGUCGUUUCCAGAAUUGUAUUAUUUUCAUUACUGCUGCUGCUGCUGUCAGAUUCUCAUUGCUACUGUUGAUGCUGCAGUUGCUAUCGUUACUGCCUCUGCUAUGUGAUAAUAAUAAUAAUAAUAAUAAUAGUAAUAGGAAAUCAGAGUAGAGCUGUUGCAAAAAGUUUGCCUCCUUAGCAUAGCCAGAAUCAUCAGGAAAGUAUUAGAGAGUUGAGAAAAAAAACAAAAAAAAAACACAACCAAUGAACUGUAGGUUGCAAACCCACCACUCGUUCAAGACUCCAGGAGAUCCACCAAAACCCAAGUUAAAAUAAUAAUAAUAAUAAUAAUAAUAAUAAUAGUAGUAGUAGUAGUAGUAGUAGUAGUUGUGGUAGUAUAGUAAUAGUAGUGGUAUUCGUAGUAGUUGAAGUAGUAAAGACUAGGUUAUUUCAUGUAUUUUGUUAAAUGUUUUAGUUUUGUUUAGUCUGUUUCUCUUUGUGUGUUUGUAUUUACUAAUCCUGAGUGUUAACUUGCAUCUUGUCAAAAAUGGUGACUUAGCCUUUCAACAGACGUCAAUGAAAUAUGGACCAGAAAGUCCUAGGAGUCAAUCAUAUUCACUAAAAUCUUUGAAAAUGUGCUCCAGCAUGGUCACAGUCGAACGACCGAAGCCAAUAGAAGAGUAUGUACUCACACACACACACACACGCACACACACACACACACACACAUAUAUAUCUAUGUAUAUAUAUAUAUAUAUAUAUCAGGAAUGUUUACCAAUUGAACCCAGAUCCUUAUAUCCAAUGCCAAAAACUACUCAAGGAUACAAUUAUGAUUUGCAAAAAAAGUAGUUGUUACUAUAAAUGGCAAAGUCUGAGAUAGUUCAAAGCUUAUUGUGCUUGGACUAGGUAUAAUAUUCCUGCUACAUAUAUGUAUGUGUGUGUGUACACAAAUACAUACAUAUGUACAUACAUAUGUGUAUAUACAUAUAUAUAUAUAUAUAUAUAUAUACACACAUAUAUAUGCAUAUAUAUAUAUAUAUAUAUAUACACACACACACAUAUAUAUACAUACAUAUAUAUAUAUAUACAUAUAUGUAUACAUAUAUGUAUAUAUAAAAAUUCAAACAUAUAUAUAUGCAUAUACACACACACACACACAUAUGCAUAUAUAUAUAUAUACACACACACACACACACCUAUAUAUGUACAUGUUCAUACACACACAUAUAUUAUAUCUGAGACAUUCCAGUCAUUACUUCUCUUGCCCAAUGUUUUCAGACAGUGACACAGUCUGUGAUGAAUACAAAACAAAAUAAUAACAAUAAUGAUGAUGAUGAUCAUCAUGAUGAUAACAACAACAGCAACAACAACAAUAAUAAUACUAGAACCCAUCCCACAGCACCAAAAUCUCACAUGAGACCAUCUAUCCCAUACCCCACCUCCCAGGAAUAUUUUACUCAGUAUCUGCCCCUCAUUUAACAUAACCCAGUCUCUAUAAAAUCACAUAGAAAGCAGAUUCACCACCCAACAGCAGAACAACUCAGAUUGUAUGGCUCCAGCACAUGAAGCCCUAGAAGUAACCUCCAAAAGCAACAAAACCAACUUGUGACAAGGUAAAAGAAAUCUAGCCAGGAAAUACAAUGCUGCCAAUACAUCUCAAGAAUAUGGAAGUGCACUUGACAGUGCAGACACCUAAUUCUGUUGAAAAUAUCGUGAUCAUCAUAAAAACAAUAAUAAUUUAUUUGAUUUCUUAUAAAUAAAGGAUCAGUGGUGAGGGGUCUUAUGACAAGCUUGAAACUUGCCAGUUUUCUAACUCUUCAGUUAGUACACUGAUCAAAUCUAUGUGGGCUCCCCCUACCCCCACCCCACCACAUAGCAAAUAUAACACUGCUGAAAUAUUUCACUCCAAUAUUCAUCAAUUUGUAUCUUUAUUCAGGUCAGUCUUUUUGUUAUUUGUCAUUAGAACAUUUGCCAUUUCAGAAUGUUAAUGUUUUCAUUAAUCAAUCAAUGUAUUAUAAAACUGAGGUAUUUGUAAAAAAAAAAAAAUCAAAAAAAAAAAAUCAAAAAAAAAAUCAAAAAAAUAACAAAAGAAAACAAAACAUGUUCCUUUCUUUCCAACAGAAUUAUUUAUCCAAAGCAGGUGAAUGAAAUAUGCUAUAAAACAAUAAAAUAAAAAAAACUUAACACUUCCUGCUGUAAAUAAAUGUAUUUCAGAGAAAUUACAAACUAUGAACCAUUGACUUUCCAAUUUUCUUCUCAAUUUUCAUAGGAAAACAGAAUCUAUCACAAAAUAUAUGUUGAAGCCAAGUUUUAUAUUAUGUAGAAUGAUUUUGUAAUUAUAUGCAGAGAGAUAAAAUGUAUUAUAUCAGUCAGAA